AUGUGCAAGAGUAGUGCGGGUGCCUCCGCAAGAACUAGGGCAUCAUCAGUCGAGGCCACAGGAGCUGGAACUGGAAUGUGUAAUGGUAGUGCGGGUGCCUCCAAAUCAACACCGUCUGCUAGGGCUGUAGGAACUGAGAUAUUGUUGGUUGGGGCCGCAGGAGCUGGAAGUGGAAUGUGCAAGAGUAGUGCAGGUGCCUCCGCAGGAAUUGAGACAUCAUUAGUCGGGGCUGCAGGAGCUGGAACUGGAAUAUGCAAGGGUAGUGCGGGUGCCUCCAAAUCAAUACCGUCUGCUAGGGUCGUAGGAACUGAAACAUUGUCAGUUGGGGCCGCAGGAGCUGUAAAUGGAAUGUGCAAGAGUAGUGCGGGCGCCUCCGCAGGAACUGUGACAUCAUCGGUUGGGCCUGCAGAAGCUGGAACUAGAAUGUGCAAGGGUAGUGCGGGUGCCUCCAAAUCAACAUCGUCUAUUAGGCCCGUAGGAACUGAGACAUCGUCGGUUGGGGCUGCAGGAGCUAGAACUGGAAUAUGUAAGAGUAGUGCGGGUACCUCCAAAUCAACACCGUCUGCCAGGGCCAUAGGAACUGAGACAUCGUCAGUUGGGGCCGCAGAAGCUGGAACUGGAAUGUGCAAGAGUAGUGUGGGUGCCUCUGUAGGAACUGGGACAUCAUCCGUUGGAAUUGUAGGAGCUGGAACUGGAAUAUGCAAGAGUAGUGCGGGUACCUCCAAAUCACUGCUGUCCACUGGAGCCACAGGAGCUGGGAAGUGUAAGACUUGCGUAGCCUCGUGGGUCUGCAAAAAGCAGGGCUAG